AUGCCGUCCUUUCCCGAGGGCCUUGAAAUAGAUCACAAACAGAAUCUCAAUGGCACCAUGGGUGCUUAUGCCGAGCAAAUCCUCAUCGCUACGGGAAAGGACGACUGGAAAAGCCGGAUAGAAGAGGAAGACGAUGCACACUUUCAGCGCCAGGUCAAAGACAUACUUGGGAGGAAAGGAGAGCUUUGUGAUCCUUACCACAACAUCCUGAUCACAAACGUAUCUUUUCCCGGCGCAUCAUCAUCGUCCGAUUCAGCUUCGGCAUAUCUGUUUCCGAGCUUCAAGUACAUACCCUCGAUACCGCUGGCUGGAGAUUCGGUCAAGGACUUCAUAAGAGGCUUUGCGAAACCGAAACAGCUUCACAAAAUGCACAGAGAUGUGCUUUCGCCGGAGGAGCAGGCCAAGCUAGUACGGGACGAGAAUCUUCAGGGACACUUCGCCGGAGUCCGGGAUGUGGAUGAGGUACUGGUGCUGAUCUGCGGACAUGGCGGAAGAGACGCUCGGUGCGGCAUCCUCGGACCGCUUCUGCGUGAAGAAUUCGAGGAGAAGCUCAAGGCAAAGGGAAUAGACAUUCGUCCUCAGCCGGAUUUGGAGCAGCAUCAAGGAACCGCACUGUCGGCGAGUGUUGGCUUGAUUAGCCACAUUGGAGGACACAAAUAUGCUGGGAAUGUUAUCAUCUACAUUCCGAAGACAUUGAAGGAGGCGGGACAUCCAUUGGCCGGAAAGGGCAUUUGGUAUGGCCGCAUUGGUCCAGAGCAAGUCGAGGGCGUCGUGGAGCAGACGAUAGUGCAAGGCAAGGUCGUCAAAGAAUUGUUCAGAGGCGGCAUUGAGGAUAAUGAGGCCAGGACGAUACUCAGAUUAUAA